AUGGAAAAUGGUAGAAAGAAUUGGGUAAAUGGAGCUAAUGGGCAAGAGCUUGAGACGCCUUCUAAUAUCACCAUUAAAGGCAUUAUUGGGUUGUUAUUGGCCAAUGUGGAUCCUAAUGACAAUAGGCGGGUCAGUUAUUUGGGUAGGGGUGACCCAUCUGCCUAUUCAUGCUUCCACACCACUGCUGUUGCAGUUGCUCUUCGUUCUCACAACUUCAAUGGUUAUGCGCCCAUUGUUGGUCUUCCUCAGACUAGAAUGGCAAUUGCUGAUCAUUUGUCCCAUAAACUUCCAUACAAGUUGUCACCUGACGAUGUUUAUGUCACAGUUGGUUGCACCCAAUCAAUCGAUGUAGCAUUAUCAAUUCUAUCCCGACCUGGUGCAAACAUUUUGCUUCCAAGACCAGGAUUUCCCACAUAUGAACUUAGUGCAGCCAUUACACAUCUUGAAGUUCGGCAUUUUGAUCUUCUUCCUGAGAAGAGCGGGGAGGUUGAUCUUGAUGCCAUUGAAGCUCUUGCAGAUCAUAAUACCGUUGCAAUGGUAAUCAUAAAUCCCGGAAACCCCUGUGGCAAUGUCUACACUUACCAGCAUUUGAACAAGAUUGCUGAAACUGCAAAGAAGCUUAAAAUUAUUGUAAUAUCUGAUGAAGUUUAUGGUCACCUUGCUUUCGGAGCUACACCUUUUAUGCCAAUGGGAGUUUUUGCAAUACAGGUGAAGCUAAAUCCAUCGCUGCUGAAAGACAUUAGCGAUGAUAUUGACUUCUGUUUCAAGCUGGCCAAAGAAGAAUCUGUCAUCAUUCUUCCAGGAUUAGCCGUGGGUCUGAAAACUUGGCUCAGGAUCACAUUUGCUGUUGAACCAUCUUCCCUUGAAGAAGCUUUCGGAACGAUAAAGUGUUUCUGUCAACGUCACUCGCAUCAGCCAAAACAACACUAA